GGGACGGAUGGUUCCGGGUGCAGCGCGGGGACGGAUGGUUCCGGGUGGAGCGCGGGGCCGGAUGGUUCCGGGUGGAGCGCGGGGACGGAUGGUUCCGGGUGGAGCGCGGGGACGGAUGGUUCCGGGUGCAGCGCGGGGACGGAUGGCGGGUGGAGCGCGGGGACGGAUGGUUCCGGGUGCAGCGCGGGGACGGAUGGUUCCGGGUGCAGCGCGGGGACGGAUGGUUCCGGGUGCAGCGCGGGGCCGGAUGGUUCCGGGUGCAGCGCGGGGACGGAUGGUUCCGGGUGGAGCGCGGGGACGAGCACCACAGAUCCUAUAGAUCCUGCAGGAUCUUCGCCCAGCACUGCAGCAACUUUUACAUCAGCCUGUCCCACAGAGUUACUCCAGCUCUGUAUUAUGAGCGGUGCCCUAUCCAAGCAAGCCCGAGACUGCUGCAGUCCUCCGACCAUCGCUUUCCAUGGACAUGUGGAUCAACAAGCAAACCACGUCCUCUCCACUGUACAGUAGGGAGACAAUGAAACUGGAAAAUGAAUAAACACCCAAAACAUCUCUGCUAACAGACAGCAGCAAUGAAAACAAAACUGACUGAAGAAUAUUGCGAAGAACAAUUUAAUUUUUUUCUGAAGUAUAGUCUUCCAACAUCAGGAGCAAUGGAAGCAAUAUGGAAACCAUUGUUUCAUUCUUUUGUAAAAGGAUGCAAAAUACAUUGUUAUUUGUAUUAUUUUGAAGUUAUUAACUUCAGUAAGAGCUACUGGAGCUCAUUUUGACUGGCGUGAUAGACCGUAUUGGGAUGAUAUGUAUGAAGGGAAAUUGUAAAAUAGAACCAUCAUGAUCUGACCCAACGACCGAGCAUAGUUCAGAUCAAUCAUAACUAAGAAAUGUGUUCCUCACUCUGCAGGAACUGGGGCUGAGUAUUUGAGGGUGGUAAUGAAUGUUCUAAAUGUGCAUUAGAAAUAAAAAUGAAAACCAUUUUGAAAUGUAACUAUGAUAUACUGCAAUUUUAACCCCUUAAGCUAUAAAUGAAAGCAAUAUAUUUGCAGAUGUACAAUUUUGUACUUGGAUGAUAUGCAACAUAAAUGUUUGAUCAAACUUUAUCUUUCCAUUUUCCAUAAUCAGUACUUUAUGGGGUCUAUUUCAGCUGUUAAGAAAAGAUCAGAAUAUUAGCAUGUAAAUUCUCUUGGGAACAUUAAAAUAUAAAUUUAAAUUUCUAUUUUAUAGGCACUUGCCUGUGAGCUAAGAAUGUGUAACUUAAUAAGCACCAUCUAGUUUCAUUUUUUUUCUGAAACUGGUAUUCUGAUCUAAACCAUUAAUCUGAUAUAAAAUGAAAUGGUUUGCUGUUCGAGGUUCUGAGUGCUUUGUUCAGGGUUGACCAAGGAAAUGAUCCACACAGCAAUACCGCGAGCCUCGUGGGGGCCCAUGUAGAGUGAGAUGCUGCUAUGAUCAUCUUGGGUUCUUGUUCAUGGAAAAAUGUGGCAUAGGAGGAAGGAGAUGGGAGAUUCACAAAUGUCAAUGAAUAGAAAUGCAAUUGACGUCCUGCUGCUCAGAGCUGAUGCUAUUAUCCAUCUCCCAAGGCCCGCAACCUUGGCGUGAUCUUUGAUUCCACCCUCUCCCUUGAGCCUCACAUCCGCCAUGCCAUUAAAACCUCCUUCUUCCAUCUCCGCAACCGCCAAACUCAGACCCUCUCUCACACCUCCCGCUCCUGAAAGACUCAUCCCAUGCCUUCAUCUCCUCCCGACUGGACUACUGCAACUCACUUCUCCUUGUCAUCAGCUCCACCUACAUCAACCGAUUCCAACUGGUCCAGAACGCAGCCGCCCGACUCAUCACCCACACCAAAUCCUGGCAUCACAUCACUCCAGUCCUCAAACAACUUCACUGGCUUCCCAUCUCCCAACGGAUCAACUACAAAAUCCUGAUCCUCACCUAGAAAGCCCUCCACCAUCUGCCCCCCCCC